CAUGCUAACCGGCCUAUGCACAUAUGCACUUAUGGAGUAUUUUUUAGUCCUGCUGCUUUGGAUCUGCUUCCUGCUCCCAGGGAAACAGAACUGCUUCACUAUUGAUACAAAGAAAGCCCAGAUCAUCCAUGGCCCAAAGGAGGCUCAGUUUGGCUACACAGUGCAGCAACAUGAGGCUGUUGAUCAGAAAUGGCUCUUGGUUGGAGCUCCAUUUGAGAAGAGUGGUGAAAAUCAGACUGGUGACGUGUACAGAUGUCCUCUGGACAGCAAGACUAAUACAAACUGUUCACGUCUCAAUUUAGGUGACAUAUCCCUAAAGAAUGUCUUAGAACACAAGGACAAAAUGAGUCUAGGGAUGUCACUUGCAUCUAACCCAAAGGAUAACAGUUUUGUGGCUUGUGGACCGUUAUGGGCCUAUGAAUGUGGCAGUUCCUUAUACAGCACAGGAAUCUGCUCCAAAGUUGACAACACUUUUAACUUCACACGCAGCAUUGCUCCAGCCUUUCAGAGAUGUGAGACAUACAUGGAUAUAGUUAUAGUGCUGGAUGGAUCAAACUCUAUAUACCCCUGGUUUGAGGUGCAACACUUCUUAAUCAGCAUCCUACAGAAGUUUUCCAUUGGGCCAGGACAGAUACAGGUUGGAAUAGUGCAAUAUGGAGAGCGAGUUGUCCAUGAGUUUAACCUGAAUGAUUUCCACACUGUAGAAGAAGUAGUGACAGCAGCUCAGAAUAUUAUCCAACGUGGAGGAGAAGAGACACGCACAGCACUUGGGAUCAGUGUUGCAAGAUCACAGGCAUUUAAACGUGGAGGGCGCCCGGAUGCGAGGAAGGUGAUGAUUGUGAUCACUGAUGGGGAAUCGCAUGACAGCCCAGACCUACAAAAAGUUGUGGAAGAGAGUGAGAAGGACAAUAUCACUCUGUAUGGAAUUGCUGUUCUUGGCUACUACAAUCGUCGUGGAAUCAACCCUGAGGCAUUCUUGAAAGAGAUCAAAUUCAUAGCAACCGACCCUGAGGAGCAUUUUUUCAAUGUGACAGAUGAAUCUGCUCUGAAGGACAUUGUAGAUGCCUUGGGAGAAAAGAUCUUCAGCUUAGAGGGUACCAACCAGAAUGGGACAGCCUUUGGACUACAGAUGUCUCAGGCAGGUUUCUCUUCACACAUUGUGGAGGAUGGUGUUCUAGUAGGUGCAGUAGGAGCUUAUGACUGGAAUGGCGCUGUCCUCAAAGAGACACAGAAUGGCAAAGUGAUCCCGCCAAAGUCCUCGUAUAUCAAAGAGUUUCCUGAGGAGCUGAAGAAUCAUGGAGCCUACCUGGGUUACGUGGUAUCAUCAGUAGUGUCAGCACAUUAUGGCCAGCUGCACGUGGCUGGAGCACCUCGUUUUAACCAUACAGGCAAGGUGAUCAUCUUCACCCUUACCAACACGGGGAACCUCACCAUACUGCACUCCCUAAUGGGCCAACAGAUUGGUUCAUACUAUGGCAGUGAGUUGGCGCCUCUAGACCAGGACGAGGAUGGGCUGACUGACCUGCUACUUGUGGCUGCACCCAUGUAUUUCAGCAGGGGCUGGGAAAGAGGGAGGGUCUACAUCUACACACUGAGUCAACAUGGGCAAUUUGACCUGGAGGGGAUACUUGAGGCAUCAGACCAGGCAUUGAACUCACGUUUUGGAUCAGCCAUGUCCUCCCUGCCUGACUUAAAUGGUGAUAGUUACAGAGAGCUGGUGGUGGGUGCACCUCUAGAGGAUGACCACAGGGGGGCAAUAUACCUCUUCUACAGCCAGCACAAUGGUAUUCACCCAAAGUAUAAACAGAGAAUAGCAGCUGUAGACAUCUCCCCAAGUCUGCAGUACUUCGGGCGUAGUGUCCAUGGGGCAAUGGACAUAAAUGGAGAUGGGCUGACAGAUUUGUCUGUGGGUGCCCUUGGUGCUGCUGUCAUGUUGUGGUCUCGCAGUGUGGUCCGUGUGCAUAUUGAUGUUUACUUUGAGCCCUCAAAAGUAAACGUGUUUAACAAAGACUGUGUGCGAGGGGGUAAAGAAGUAGCCUGCAUGGCAGCUGUAGUCUGUGUCACAGUCACAGCUCGGACGCCGAUACCAGACACACAGCACGUGGCUCUUAGACAGAGCUGUGCUUUUGAGGAGAGACGCUACAGUCCCAGAGCAGUGCUGGACGAUGCUGAGGGACAGCUUUCCACAGACAUCACCAUCCUCAUAGAAGUUCCACACUGUGAGCAUGUCUACUUCCAUGUGCAUGAGACUGUAGACUACACUCGGCCAAUAGUCUUCACUGUGGACAUGGGGCUGCAGAAGCCAGAGGAAGGUCCGGUGCUAGAUGAUAGAUGGCCCACUUCACUGCGUUCAGAGCUUCCCUUCUGGAAUGGAUGUGAUGAAGAUGAUCAAUGUGCACCUGACUUGAUACUGCAGAGUACCAAUGACCUGCUUGGGCGAAGGCAGUUCUGUGCCUGGCGAGAACGUACUACAUGGCCACUGUGUGCCCAGCUAGGGGAAGGGUUGAGCAAUGAGCGUGUGGUGGAGGCCAGCAGAAAACGGGUUCUGGUGGAGGUUCGACUGGAGAACAGAGGAGAAAAUGCCUACAACACACAGCUGUACAUGUCUCACUCUGCAAACCUGCAAUUUUCCAGCCUGCUGGUGAAGACUCCUCCUGAUGUGGCAAUUGAAUGUCAGGCAGAAGACAGCCUAAGUCUGAAGAGGAGCUGCAAUGUCAGUGCUCCUUUACUAAGGUCACUCGCUCAGGUAACCUUCCGGUUGGAAUUUGAUUUCAGUAGGUCGAUCUUUCUGGAUUAUAUCCAAGUAUUGCUGAAGGUUUCCAGUGAUGGAGAAGAGAUGACACCAGAAGAUAACAUCAAUAAUAUAGAUCACCCUCUGAGGCAUGAAACUGAUCUCCUCUUUACAAGAGACUCCUACCCACCCCGUUUUGAAAUCAAAUCUGACUCUGACUCUGCCCAGGGCUUUUCAGGACAUACUGGACCUACCUUCAACCUGUCAUAUCAGAUCCAGAAUCUCGGGCUGUUCCCUGUCACUAAUUUGCUCUUCAGUCUUCAAGUUUUUGCUGUAACCAGAAAAAAUAAUCACCUCCUGUACAUCUCAGACAUUGAUGUUGAUGAGACUACUGGCUCCAGAUGCGUUGUACCACAUGUCACUGUGUUAGGUCUGCCAUCUGAAGAAGACCUCUCACUCACCCCACAGCUUAAUUCUUCAACCGGUGUGGCUCUGUCUGCACAGUGCAGGCUAACCUUGCACCCCCAGAGGCACAUCAGAGUGGCAGUGACAGGAUGGCUCAAGCUCCAUACUCUGCUGAUGAUAAACUUCAAGGCACUGGAGCUGGUGAUGACAGCAGCCAUUGAACUAAGACCAAACAGCUCCAUAUUUUUGCAUGAGGAGAGACCUACAAGACAUAUAAUCCUGGAGAUUAGGAAGGAAGAUGAUUACAAAAUUCCUAUCUGGAUUAUAAUCGGAAGCACUUUGGGAGGCUUACAGCUUUUGGCUCUGAUAGUACUGGCUCUCUGGAAGCUGGGAUUUUUUCAUAGGCAGAGACGACGUGAAGAAGAACAGAUUAGAAAUGAAAAAACCACUGAGGAGCGGUAAAACCAUGGCAACUAUGUGGUCACGCCAUCACAGACUCAGGGACACUCUGGGAGUGUGGAAAUGUCAAUCAGCACCUGUCAUGCACUGCUCAGCCCUCCAACUUUCUGACAGGACCAGUUCAGCUCCCAAACACUUUGUUCACAUUUAGAGCUGCAGUAAAGACAUGUAUUUGCAUAUGUUGUAACUUAUGACCAAAGACUUAAGACUCAGCAAGUCUUGAAUACUCAAAGCAAGUGUUUUAUUUGCUUUUAUUUUGAACAAUGCAAAAAUACACAUGGAAUUUGUAAAUAAAAAAUACAC